CUCCCCCUCGCAACAAGUCAAUGGCAGCUCCAACCCAAUGACCAAUUGAUUCCUCGUCAAGUGAUCGACCGCGAUGCUCCAGGCAAUGGCCAAUCUCAUCCGGCCAGCUACUGAGCGGCGAGUGCAGAGACUGAACAGGUCGCGAUCCCCGCCAGCUGCGCCCCCAUCAGCACCAACGGGCUCCGUCACGAGCAUUUUCCAUGUCGACAACGACGAGAACGAAAUCUCCCCGCGCCCUUCCACGUCGCGCCGCACUCCACGCAACGCGGUGCUGCCCCCUCCAUCCGAUGAGAUAAUAUCCCAUAAGAAGACGCCGACGCCAACGCCCCCACGCUCGUCGCGCAAGCGUCCUGCCUCCGCAAUCGAAGACGCGAGUACGGAUCCGAGACCGCCAACCAAGGUCACCGUUACACAACCACACGGCGAGUUAUUGCGCAUCACGAAUGGGGUUCCGGCUGGUCUCGGAAUUGGCGCUGACCAACUCCCCUCGGCCAACUCAACACCGGUGCCACCGCGUCUGGCUGCGCCAGUACGAACUCCCCAGCAACCGGGAAGUGCCAACACCGACAAGAGGAGCCUGAGGAGCCAUGAUGGAGGCUCAAGGCUCAAGAGCGAUCUGGCUACCUACUUUUCGGGCUACGAUGAUAUUAUUGCAGGCGUGGAGAAGUCACCCGAGUUCCUGGGCGUCGAUGUACCCAUAUACAUCGCAGACGAACCUAUAAAAACGGCAAAGUCUCUACAGGAGCCUCCGACCCCCAAUGCCUCCCGCAAAUCUGUCAGCCCAUCGAGGUCACGAAAACCGCGAGCUCACACCCCAACACGCCGUUCAUCCGCUGCCCCUAUACCACAACCCUCGCACACUUCUACAUCAUACCAAGAAUUAGACUACUCCUCCAUCACCGACAUCCCCACAGAAACUGACGAUGAUCCCCUCGCCGAUUCAUUCUACUUUGCACAACACAGGAGAGCCGAGAGAAAAGAGAAGCAGCUACGCAACAUUGAAAAGGAGCGCGCCAUGCACGAGAAAGUGCAACUAGAACGUCUCCUCGAUGGCCUGCAAGGCCCGGAUUGGCUCAAAGUCAUGGGCAUAUCGGGCGUGACGGACGGAGAGAAGAAGGAUUGGGAACCCAAGAGAGAUUUCUUCGUUAGGGAGGUCGAGGCUCUCGUGGACAAAUUUCGGUUGUGGAAGGAACAGGAGAAGAGAGUCAGAGCGGAGAAAGAAGCUGCUCUAGCUAAAGAGGAAGAGGAAGAGGACGAGUCUUCAGAGUCAGAUCAAUCCCACCAUCACCCUUCCAAAAAACCAAACGGCAAACACUACUCCCACCAUCCCGCUUCACACCUUACAACCACAACCACCUCAACCACCUCCAAACCCCACAUCUCACCCCCAAAACCCCGUCGUCCACCCCGUCCUCACGGUUUCUUCCUACCCAUCGCUCCCCCGGAACCAAAAGGUCCCUUCACAUCCUUCUUCUCGAAACCACAUCUCCGCGCCGCCGCGCUCGGAAAACACAGACACGGUCGCAAUGCCUCGGCGUUUGGAUGCCCGCUUCCAGAGUGGGAGGAUAAGGAGUUUGCUUUGCCCAAGGGGUUUGUGUCGGACGAGUUCUUGAGGGCGAAUGCUAGGGAGAGAAGGAGGAGAAAGAGAGAGAGUGUUGGUGGUGGUAAGAAGAAGGCUGGGGAUGGGCUAUAG